AUAUUCACGCCUCAGACCCCUGCCUGGUGUCCCUGUCCCCUCAGAGAGUCCCCUGUCCCCUCAGAGAGUCCUCUGUCCCCCCUCUCCGUCUGUAGUGUGGUUUAGUGAUGUGACGUCAUAUUGAUCUCUGCUGCACAUGUAAGCACCGGUCCAUCUGACGACAUCAGACGCCGCUGUGACGCAGCUCCGUCACCUGACCCCUGAAAAAAAACAUGGUCUAACUUUGUGACGUCACCGCGCAGAGAUCGAUCGCUGAGGUGAAGGUGAGAUCCGGAUCAGAUCCAGAUCCAGAUCAGAUCCAGAUCCAGAUCAGAUCCAGAUUCAGAGCAGAUCCAGAUUCAGAGAGGGGAUGAGAGGAGGAGAUCAACAUCCGGGGAUUUAGAGCUGCAUCCUCCCCCUCCUCUCUCUCUCCAUCAUCCCUCCUCUCUCUCCUCCGCCUGCAUCCUCCCAUCCUGCAGACACACACACACACAGACACACAGACAGACACACAAACACACACACACACAAACACACACACACACACACAGACGGAGGGACGGACAGGUGGAGCUCCAGCUGCAGGUUUGUUUCCGGUUUUUUCUUUGAUUCCUGAUCGAGUCUCUGUGGAGACGAACGGUGUGUGUCCGCGCGCGUGCACGUGUGUGUCGUCAUGUCAGUGUCGCCCGCCCUCGCCGACCUCUCUCGGCUCUAUCAGACGGAGUUCGUGCGGAGCGCCCGGGCGGUCGGCGUCCUCUGGGCCGUGUGCACGCUCUGCUUCGCCAUCAUCCAGGUGGUGGUCCUGGUGCAGCCGUCCUGGAUUGGCACUUCAGACACCCGCCACCAGGGGGUUGGCCAAGCCCCGCCCAGCGGCACUCUGGGACUGUUUGAGGUGUGUGUAGAGUCGGACUGGCCGGUCCCUGAUUGUCGUGGCGGUCUGUCCAGUCUCUCUCCUCUGCCGUCCUUCCAGUCGGUGGCGGUGUUGGUGGGCGUGUCUCUGUGGGCGGUGUGGACGAGCGUCCUGUGUCUGUGUCUCUUCAGGUUCUGCAGCGCCGCAACCGUCUACAAGAUCUGUGCCUGGCUGCAGCUCACUGCAGGUUUCUGUCUGGCGUUGGCCUGCCUCCUGUUCCCAGACUCGUGGGAGAGUCCUGAGAUGAGGGCUCUGUGUGGAGACUCGGUGGGCAGCUUCUCUCCAGGGAACUGUUCUGUCCAUUGGGCCUACAUCCUGGCCAUUCUGGGGAUUCUGGACGCCGCCAUCUUGGCCACGUUAGCCUUUGUCCUCGCUAACAGACAGGAUGCUCUGCUGCCGCCGGACGCCAAGGACGUGACCACAGGUCUGCUGAUGUCAGCGUAGACUCACCAGGUAAGUCUCUUCUCCUUCUUUUCUUCGUCUUCUCUCGUUCUUUUAAAACAAACUUCACUUCCUUCUUGUUUCUUUUCUUCCUCCUCUUCUCCAGGCUGCAUCGAUCUUCACCUCUUCUCCUGAUCUCUCUAUCCGUCGUUUUCAUGCUCUUCAGACGACGAGGAGACGAACAUCAGAAUGAAAAGAGCAAGAGUUUAAGAUCUCUCCUCCUUUUCUUUCCUCUCCUUUCCUCUCCUUUCUUUUCCUUUCUUCUCCUCUCCUUUCCUUUCCUUUCCUUUCCUCUCCUCUCCUUUCCUUUCCUCUCCUGAGGGCAGAUACAUUAUAACCUCUCAGUUUCGGUUUCAACCUGAGGGUCUGAGGGUCUGAGGGUCUGAGGGUCUGAGGGUCUGAGGGUCUGAGGGUCUGAGGGUCUGAGGGUCUGAGGGUCUGGCCAUGUGAUGGUUCUUAUGUGUCAGUAUUAUCACAGUCUGGGUUCAUGGACCCCUCCUGAGAUCUGAUUGGACCAUCCCAGCAGCCACCUCCCCAUCCUCUGACUGUGAUUGGCUGUGACCCUGACCCUGACCCAAAGCUGAAAGUGAACUCCGUUUGGACUCUGAGACGUGGUCCAGAGACGUUGACCGGUCUGCAGCAUGUGUGUUGGUUAGCUAACAUCGCCUUCCUCUGAGUGACAUUAGCAUUAGCAUCAUUCAAACCGCAUGUUUAUCUGCGAGUGUCAGCAGCUCAGAGUCUGGAGGUCACAUGAUGUGUCCGCUGAAGACCACGCGUCUCUGAUGGUGAUCAAUAAUCAAUAAUCAAUAAUUAGAAAUGUAAACAAAGUCCAAUCAGUCCAAAUGAUCCUCAGAGGGUUUCAGGACUCGUGUCAGACUCGCCGGAUCCUGAACCUGUGGAUUACAGUGCCAAACAACCCUCCUGGUUACCAUGGUUACAGCUGUGUGUGUGUACAGGAUGUGAUCAGAGCAGAUUGAAAAUGUCCCUCCUGAGUCUCUGUAUCCGGAGGAGGACACAGUUUUAUAAUUUUGUAGUUUUUGUAGAUCAUGUUUGUACGCAGAUUGUUCUCAUGUUUGUUUGUUUGUAGAGAAUGUUUCCUGCAUGUGUGUCGUAAUAAACAGAGUUACAGACUCACAAACAUCAA